AUGCAGGUCUGGCGGGAGAGGUGGAGAGGUGCAGAGGAGCGGAGUCAGGAAGAGCGAGCGGAGAGGAUCGAGAGGGAGACGGAGUAUUACGAGGGGGGGGGGGGGGGGGGGGGGGAGGGAGGGGGGAGGGGAGGGGGGGGGGGGAGGGAGGGGGGAGGGGGGGGGAGGGGGGGGGGGGGAGGGGGGGGGGGGGGGGGGGGGGGGGGGAGGGGGGGGAGGGGGGGGGGGGGGGGGGAGGGGGGGGGGGGGGAGGGGGGAGGGGGGGGGGGGGAGGGGGGGGGAGGGGGAGGGGGGGGGGGGGGGGGAGGGGGGGGGGGGUGGGCAGGGGACGGGGCGAGCGGGGGGGGAGGGGGGGGGGGGGGAGGAGGAGGGGGAGGGGGGGGGGGGGGGGGGGAGGGGGAGAGGGGGGAAGGGGGGGGGGAGGCGGGGGGGGAGGGGGGGGGGGGAGGGGGGGGAGGGGGGGGGGGGGGGGGGGGGGGGGAGGGGGGGGGGGGGGGGGGAGGGGGGGGGGGGGGGGGGAGGGGGGGGAGGGGGGGGGGGGGGGGGGGGGGGGGGGGGGGAGGGGGGGGGGGAGGGGGGGGGAGGGGGGGGGGGGGGGAGGGGGGGGGGGGGGGGGGGGAGGGGGGGGGGGGGGGGGAGGGGGGGGGGGAGGGGGGGGGGGGGGGGGGGGGGGGGGGGAGGGGGGAGGGGGGGGGGGGAGGGGGGGGGGGGGGGGGGGGGGGGGGGGGGAGGGGGGGGGGGGGGGGGAGGGGGGGGGGGGGGAGGGGGGGGGGGGGGGGGGGGGGGGGGGGGGGGGGGGAGGGGGGGGGGGGGGGGAGGGGGGGGGGGGGGGGGGGGGGGGGAGGGGGGGGGGGGGGGGGGGGGGGGGGGGGGGGAGGGGGGGGGGGGGGGAGGGGGGGGGGGGGGGGAGGGGGGGAGGGGGGGGGGGGGGGGGAGGGGGGGGAGGGGGGGGGAGGGGAGGGGGGGGGGGGGGGGAGGGGGGGGGGGGGGGGGGAGGGGGAGGGGGAGGGUGAGGGUGAGGGGGGGGGGGAGGGGGUGGGGGGGGGGGGGGGGGGGGGGGGGGGUGGGGGGGGGGGGGGGGGGGGGGGGGAGGGGGGGGGAGGGGGGGGGGGGAGGGGGGGGGGGGGGGGGGGGGGGGGAGGGGGGGGGGGGGGGGGGGGGGGGAGGGGGGGGGAGGGGGGGGGGGGGGGAGGGGGGGGGGAGGUGUGGAGGGGGGGGGGGUGGGGGGGGGGGGGAGGGGGGGGGGGGGGGGGGGGGGGGGAGGAAGUGAGGGGGGGUGGUGGGGGGGGGGAGGGGGGGGGGGGGAGGGGGGGGGGGGGGGGGGGGGGGGGGGAGGGGGGGAGGGGGGGGGGGGGGGGGGAGGGGGGGGGGGGGGGGGGGGGGGGGGGGGGGAGGGGGGGGGGGGGGGGGGGGGGGGGGGGGGAGGGGGGGGGGGAGGGGGGGGGGGAGGGGGGGGGGGGGGGGGGGGGGGAGGGGGGGGGGAAGGGGAGGAGGACAGGGGGGGAAACACUUUUGACUGUCUUUUGA